CGAAAGAAAAAGGAGUCAUUGCGGGGAGACAAGGAAGCAAGAACGAUCCUGAGAUUUCUUAGAGAACAAAUGGACGGUGUAGACAGGGAAAGGAGAAGGAGGAGUUUCAAAGAACGGCUGGGAUUUAAAGUUAUGGGCUGUUGUGGGACCACCUGGGGUUUCGGGUCAACGACCAUGAGCGUUAGAGACGACGAUGAAGUUGAGGUUGAAGAACAAGAGCAACAGCAAGAACAAGUAGAAACAACGACUUCUGGUCAUAAUCCGAACCCAGGUUGCAUUAACCCGGUUCCGGUUUCGUCAGGGAUGAAUCUGGCCUCGGCUUUGGCAGCCGAGCGACAUUUUCGGGCAGCGCAAGAACCGGAGAGAGGUAACGUGCGGUCGCCGACGAGUACUAGGACGGGUAAUGUGGGGAUUCGAUCGCCCGGGACACCAGUUAGGGUGUCGUUGGUGAAGCUGUUGGAGGAGGCGGAAGGCGGUGGUGGGGAGGAGGAAAAAGAGAAAAGUGGCGUGGAAAUAGUAAGUGAUUCGAUGUGCUGCGUGUGCGUGGGGAGGAAGAAAGGUGCGGCGUUUAUCCCAUGUGGACACACUUUUUGUAGGGUGUGUUCGAGGGAACUGUGGUUGAAUCGAGGGUGUUGUCCCCUCUGCAACCGUUCAAUCCUCGAGAUUCUUGACAUUUUCUAAGCGUGAUUCACUCUUUCCUCUGCCCUCUUCCAUCCCCGAUGAUUAUUACGAUGAUGCUGAUGAGAAUGGCUGAUCAAUACCGAUCAUUAUAACUAUGGUAACGGUGCCUCGAUGGAGAUCGUGAGAGAUUGGAGGAUGAGGCUGAUAACUGAUAAGGGAAUUAAUUUUGUUACCUUGAAAGUUGAAAGACUUACUUUAAUUGAAAU